CAGGGGAAACAAAGUUUGGACAGUGUCUCGGUAGUUGAUAGACUGAUCGCCUGCUGCUGGUUUGUUCGAUAACAAUCUCAGAGACCCCGCCGCUGCAGAAUACUAUUAACUCUGCAACACAAACCUCCAUAGCCAUAUCCGUACAUACGUCGCCAAGAACAACCCUCUCUAUGCCCUUCUAACUUCUAUCUCACUCACCCUAUGGGCUCCGCUUCCGCCAUCUCUCUCUGCUCUCAUCCUAAGAUUCUGCUGCGGCCCCUCACGAACAAGCAGAGGCUGCAAUCUCAAUGCCAAUCCCAAGGUUCGGGGAGUGCUUGGCUGGGCUAUCGUACGCAGGUUGUGUUUUUACCUCCUAUCCUUCCGCGAAGGAGGAGAUGCUUGGUGGUAAAAGCGGCUUCUGCGGCUGAGGGAGGUCCUAGAAGGCCCGCCAGUGCUCGGAGAGUGUAUAGAGAAUCACAGAGCGCGAGCUCAUUGCCUGUUGCUCCAGUCAAGCAGCUCGCUUCCUUCGUCGUUCCCGCCGCCUCAUUCUUUGCCGUCACUUUCGUUUUGUGGAAAUUGGUGGAGAAAAUCCUUGUUCCAAAGCGGCAGAGGACUUCAUCUGUUGAAAACAAAACGCCUGCCGAAGGAAUGAAGUGGUCUUUUGCCGCCGGUUCAAAUUUGCUUACAGGUUUUGGUGCAAAGAUUGAGAGAGAGUCCAAGCUGAAGCUCAAUGACUUCGCCAAGGAACUUAGGUCAUUCAGAAGUGUCGACUUGUCAGGGCGUAAUUUUGGAGAUGAAGGAUUAAUUUUUCUUUCUGAGAGUUUGGGUUACAAUCAGACUGCUGAAGAAGUGAGUUUUGCUGCAAAUGGAAUAACUGGAACUGGAAUAAAAGCCUUGGAUGGUGUUCUUCAAGCUAACAUUAUGUUAAAGACUCUUAAUCUUUCUGGAAACCCCAUUGGAGAUGAAGGCAUUAAGUGCCUAUGUGAUAUAUUGGCGAAUAAUAAUGGUAUUCAAAAGCUCCAGCUCAACAGUACUGACUUAGGGGAUGAGGGUGCAAAGGCUAUUGCAGAAAUGUUGAAGAAUAAUUCAAGCUUGCGUGCUCUCGAACUUAACAACAAUAUGAUCGACUACUCUGGAUUUACAAGUCUUGCUGGAGCUCUUGUUGAGAACAACACAAUACGGAAUAUACAUCUGAAUGGCAAUUAUGGUGGUGCCCUGGGGGCCAAUGCUUUAGCGAAAGGACUUGAGGGGAACAAGUCUUUAAGGGAACUUCAUUUGCAUGGAAAUUCUAUUGGAGAUGAAGGAGUGGCUGCUUUGAUGUCAGGUUUAUCAUUACAUAAAGGUAAACUUACACUUCUAGAUAUUGGCAACAACUCUUUUAGUGCAAAAGGCGCCUUUCAUGUUGGUGGAUAUGUCAAAAAGACCAAGAGCUUGUUAUGGUUGAACGUUUACAUGAAUGAUAUAGGUGAUGAGGGAGCUGAAAACAUUGCAGAUGCUUUGAAGCAAAACCGGACAAUAACAACCAUAGACCUGGGAGGAAAUAACAUCCAUGCCAAGGGAGUCACUGCCAUAGCUGAAGCGUUGAAAGUUAAUUCUGUCAUUACAUUUUUGGAGCUUGGUUAUAAUCCCAUGGGACCUGAUGGGGUGAAGGCUUUAUCCGAAGUUCUCAAGUUUCACGGAAACAUAGAAACCCUUAAGCUUGGCUGGUGCCAGAUUGGUGCAAAGGGUGCAGAGUUCAUCGCGGAUAUGUUAAAAUAUAAUACUACAAUACGCGUUCUGGACUUGCGGGCAAAUGGACUUCGAAAUGAAGGUGCAUCCUGCCUGGCUCGUAGCUUAAAAGUGGUGAAUGAAGCUUUAAGUUCGUUAGAUUUAGGGUUCAAUGAAAUCAGAGAUGACGGGGCGUUUGCAAUUGCUCAAGCACUGAAGGCCAAUGAAGAUGUGACAGUCACAUCUCUGAACCUUGCGAGUAAUUUCCUCACCAAAUUUGGGCAGAGUGCUUUGACAGAUGCAAGAGACCAUGUAUAUGAGAUGAGUGAAAAAGAAAUCAACAUUUUUUUCUAGAAGGCUUACUUAUUAGACUAGAAAUGUGGGUGGUAUGUGGGAAACGAGGUCUUUUGGUUUAUUCUUUUUCCCAGGAAGCAUGGGUAAGAACUCCAAUAUCCAAACUUGUGGUUGAAAAUUUUGAGUUCUUAUCGACUUCCACUUACUGAGGAACAAAUUGGAAAUUUUGACAUUGAGAGAUCAUAGUUAGCUCUUCAGUCAUAGAUAGGUACUGUUCGUAAGGCUUUUCUUUUUCUUUUCAUGGGUUGGGGGUUGGGGGUGGUGUUAUUCACUAGAGAGUUGAAGUAUAAGUCUACAAAGCUUUGUAUCUUUCAAUGUACUGAUAAAUUCAGAUAAGUUUUUGUAAUGAUUUAUUAUUAGUAUUUAGUACCAAGACCAACCAAGAAAAGAUGAGUGGUGGUGCCUUUAUAAAUUAGAGAAGUGAGUUUUGAGGGUGCCGAUGCAAUGCAAUGCCAUAUGGCCUUGGAUGGAUGAUUCUGUUGAACUGUUAAGCGGUGUAGCGUGUGCGUGGCUCACUUUGGAAACAGCAUUCAUGUCGUAGCUGGGAACAUUGACUGUUGUGUCACCGCACCACCGCCUCAACUUCUAGUGAGCUAGCUGGUCCUCUUGAAAUUUAAGUGCAGGACACACCCACCGUUUCAAUUUCUGUGCCUUGGCCCACUUUUUAUUUUUGUUCUGCACUCGUGGUUUAGUUCAGUUGGGUAAAGUUGUGCAUACGCUCUUUGCACUUGAGUUCUAUCACCUUCUUCGUAUAUUAGAUUAAUUUAAAAUAUUAUUUUGUUUGAAAGAAAAAAAAAACACAAUAAUUCAGACAUGUUCGACAUUAUUGAUUCAAAAUCCGUCUUGUAACAAAAGAUUGAUUCAAAAUUCAUCUUGUGACAAAAUAUGCACUAUGACGUAUCAUUCUCUUUAUUUUCAUUUUUUUUUUCAUACAUACAUUAUGCAUGCAAUACAACUAGAGCAGAUCUGUCUCCUGUAUACAUGCAUACUUCCAAUCCAUGCAUCCAGCCAGCUCGUAGCCUGCCUCCUGCAUCCUGCUGCCCAUCACCAUUUUUAUUUCAAAUUCAUUUUUUAUGAUCUUAUCUUAUCCUAAAAUAGUUAUGUUAUGCAUGCAUACUAUUACUGGUUCACAUCCAAAAAGGAAAGACGAGAGAGAGAGAGAGAGAAGAGUAUAUCUACUUCUUGUAAGAUAUCAUAUGUUUGUAUUACAAAACAAAGUCAGCUACUGCCAAAAUGGGGUCUGUCAUGGUUUCAGACCCCGAUGGCGUCGUACUUAGUUGAAAACAAAAUCACAAAAUAAAACGACACUGUUGUGUUCAUCAUCUAAUUAAACGCAGAAGAGUAGAAGACAAGACAUGCGCAAUAUGGGAGAAGAUACAUGGGCAAUAAGGUAACUGUAUUAUUAAGAGGCAACUGCUAUGCUAUGUAUAUCAAGAGCUCUGCCUUUCAGUUCCGGAUAUAUACAACACUGCUUCUGCUUGUGUUUAAAUUAAAUGGCUUUACGCUUGCUUCUUGUUAUGGCGGUUUUGCUCUUCUGCAUGGAGACGCAGGUCUCAUCUGAUUCGAAUAUACAAGACCAUGAAACCCAGGUGGUGAAAGGGG